CUGCUGGUGUUUGGAGGUUCCUCAGGUUGACACACGUGGUCUGGGUGUUUUUACAUGCAGGAAGAUGAGAUCACAAAGAAAGAGCAUAAGUCUGGACGUCCAUCUGUUGGGACCACGCUGGUUCCUGACCUCCAUCCUGUUGGCCACAGCUGCUCUGGCCCUGCCUCUGAGCCUUGAAAACCUGCUGUGUUACUACUGUCCUUUGCAGCACAAAGGCAAGUCCUGCCCGAACGUCACCAGCCGGUGUCUGCCUGAUCAGCGCUGCUCCAGCUCCAGAGGCCGCUACGGCUCCGUCCACGUCCUGUCUGCUCAGGGCUGCGUGGACCCUGAACUCUGUGGCUCCCAUGAAAUCAUCUCUCAUCGGGGGGUCAAGUACAAUGUCAGCCACACCUGCUGCUGCAAGGACACAUGUAACGGCCCGCCAAAGUCUGACAGCAGCCUGAAGAUGCUGCUGGGAAUGAUCACGGACACCAACAUCACUCAUGUUCUUAAAGAGGAGCCUUGGGAUUCAUGUGCAAAUUACACAUCACCAAGGAGCUCCAUAUUACCUGCCACUGCAUUAUAGCUUGUAGAAGGCUGGGGCGAGGCCUGCUAGCCACAGGUGCUUACCUGAGUCUCCACAAGGUGGUUAACAUCAAAUGUUGACAUGUUUGUGAUUAUUAUUUUUGCUAAAUUAAUGUGUAAAUGAAGGGGGGGGAAGUGACAUCGUAGUCAAUGUUUUGUGUGAUCACAGACAGAGAAAGGUGGACUUGUCAGCCAUCCUUCUA